AUGAAGGGUUUUCUUUAUGUUGCCAUCGUGUUGUGUAUCUUACAUAUCUUCCUCCUCAUCGUGGUUGCUAUUGGCAGCGGUCGAGGCGGUGUCAUGGAAGCAUACAAGAGGAAAUACAUAGGAACUCUAAUUUUCGUACACUUUAUCGUAAUGACUUUGGAGCUAAUUUCUUAUAUCCUUGCGAUUUUGGGAAUUACCUUUAUUCGUCAAGAUCUUUCUGGCGCGGAUACUUUUUCCAGUUUUGUUGCUGUGGUGUGCUGGUGUUCCAUUCUGAUAUUUACGAUUGUUUGUGAAAUCAUUGAUUGGAUACGGCACUAUGACAAGGACGGAAAACUUAAAUAUGAGUUUUACGAGACAUUCCUGUACGAUGAAACAGACAAGAAGACGGAAAAGGAAAAGCGCGAGCUAGUAAAAGAUAUGCGAAUGAUGGCAAAUUCGCAUUGGCAAAACGUUCUUGCCAAAAAGCUCGAAUCACCCGAAGAUAAUGGGAGUGACGAAAAAAAAGAUGCACUCAAUGCAGUUUCAGCCAUUUUUGUUGACCUUUUUAUGGAUCUUGACUUGACAAAGUCAGAUGUUGCGAUUGGUUUACUGCUUCUUCGAUGGCAGUCAGACAAGUGGAUCGGUGGUCAUGGUCGUGUUCCUGCCGAAUACAUCCUUGAACAAACCGAUCCUGCUCUAAAAGAUUUGGCAGCUCCACUUGAUCCGAAGCUAAAGAACCCCUUUGAUAAAUUGGAGAAGGAGUGGCUGCAUAUUUCACGACUGCGACGGUAUUCACACUUUGUAAAUGCUUCCUAUGGGUGGGUCUACUACUACGCCGACAAUCCAUGCGACUGCGUCGCGAUAAAUCGGUUGUGCCAAAAACUUUCUUGCAGCAACCCGACCACAACAAGGAAGGAGGUCGACCUUGAGAACGGUAUCCACAGUCCUGGGGGUUGCUGUUGUGCUGGUCGAAAUCUCUAUCUGGCAGCCUUUAUAGAAAUGGCUCAGUUGGAGCCUAAAGACAUCCUCUACUUUGAACUUGUUAACAAGUUGUACAGUGCAUCAAUUAUGCUAGUGAUUGACGACCUUACUGAGGCAAUCGUUUUAAUUGUGCGGGGCACCCUGUCAGGCGACGAUGUCCUGGUUGAUAUGGUGGGAGCUGGCGAGCCACUGCGAGACGAGGACCGCAAUCUCCCGCCCAAAAAACAAAUGAUUGGACAUGCUGGAAUGUGUCGUACGGCGCGAACCAUAGUUCAACACAUUCUGGAACAGCAGCUAUUUGAGUCGGCCAGGCGUCUUAGACCUCGCUACCCUGUCGUUAUUUGUGGACACAGUCUGGGUGCUGGGCUGGUUUCACUCAUGUCUGUUCUUCUGAAGCCACAUUAUCCUGAAUUAAAGGCCUACGCCUUUAGUCCACCCGGUGGUCUAAUGAACAAAAAUAUCGCAAAGGCCACCCGGGACUACCUGUGCUCUGUCUCCUACGGCUACGACUGUGUCGGCCGUAUGUCAAGUCGCACCAUAGAGGAUCUGCGAGCUCGCAUUUUUCACGCCCUUUGUGUCUACAAAAAGCCAAAAUUCCUCGCUCUAGGAAAAGAAAUAUGCCGUAUGUUUCUGCGCAACUUACCUUGUUGUUGCAAUCUACCAAAGAUAAUCGACCUGGACGAAGAAACAGGGAGUAAACUCAUCGAUCCGGACAUGAACGACGCCUUCAAGACUCCAAUCGGGUUGAAAUUCAAACCCUACCUCAAGGACAGACCUGCAGGUGAGUCGAAAAUCGAUCGCCUGGUGCCGAAUAAACGCUCUCUCAUGCGUUGGAAGAAUCCACAAUGCAAGACUCUGCUAAUUCUUCCGCGUCCUUAUCCUCGUAGCCUCUAUCCUGAAUCUCUAGUGGACCCAGUAAAAGUGAAUCAGUAUACUGUCGAUCUGAUGAUAGAAUCGUUCCUGGAGCCCAUUCCAUCCGGCCGACUCUUGCAUAUCCUCGAGGUAGAUCAGGACUUCCAGAUUAGUGGUAUCCAACCCUAUAAAAAGCGUGGUUACAUUCCACCACCCAUUGCACUCUGGACAAACGAACAGACUUUCAACAGUCUACUGGUGCAUCCCAAGAUGUUUUUCAACCACUCACCCAUUUACGUCUCGACAGCUUUGGACCGCCUCUACUGUGGUAUUAUGCAUCCGGAGAAUGUAUACAAAAUUCACGUCAACACAUGGCACAAAGAUCCACAAGUAGUCAAGGGUGUGGAGAGAAAGCUCACUCCUGAAGAUAAGGAACGUUAUUGUAGAGUGCGAAAGCUCAAAUAA